CGCACGACAGUCCGCGCAAACGGGAGGUUGUUCGACGUACUUGGAUUACCGGGCAGUCAACUGUCACCGCUCAAAACGGCCACCGCAACCCUGUCCUCUCCUCUCCGCUCACGCGCGCACUUACGGUCAUCAACUUAUCUUAUGGAUUAAUAAAGCUUGGCAAACCGCAGAAAGCCGUAUGGUAGCAGUGUUAGAUUAUUUUUUUUAAACUAGUUGCUUUUCUUUGUCUGGACAACAAAAAGAAAAGUUGUUUUUAUUAUUAUUAUUUUUAACCAACUGCGGUAAAUCGCGCAGAAGCUGAGAGUCGGUCUCGGUGGAAGGACUUCUUUGUGGAAGCUGAUUCUCUUUUGCAUGAAAUUCUGCCACAGGAGCUCCAUCAUCUAAAACCUAGAUUUGCCUGCAAGUUGAAGAUAUGAGGUUAGCAGGCUCCUUUUGGAUCCUUUGCUUUCUGCUGGUGCACCGGAUGGCAUCAGGUGAAUCAAUCUCAGGUCCAACACUCAGUCCUGGACCGAGCAUUAUAGAGGGACAGAUUGAGCUGAGUCAAUACAAAUGUCUUGAGCUAUCCAACAAGGGCCACCGAGAAAACAGAACUGGUGUGUUUUGUGCUCAUAUGUGGGAUGGUUUGUUGUGUUGGGAUGAGACACCAGCUGGGACAUCUGUAACACAAAGCUGUCCAAAUCAUCCUGACUUCGACAACACUGAAAAAGUGACCAAAUAUUGUGACGAAUCGGGCAACUGGGUUCAGACCAGUUCUACCUGUCGACCAGCUUUAAAGAAUCAAUUACAGGAAAGAAAUUUUUCAAGGGAUGCUGCAGGAGAGCCAACCACUGAGGCCACGAGGGUUAGAAAAGAAAGUAAUAUCCUGGAAAAUGAAAAGAAAUGCUUUGAGAAAAUGAAGAAUGAUCCCCCGUAUAAUAAAUCAGGCCUGCACUGCAGUCGUAUUUGGGAUGGCUGGCUGUGCUGGGAGGACACUCCAGCAGGAACCUACGCCUCCCAGAACUGCCCCGAUUAUUUCAUUGGCUUCGACCCCACAGAAAAAGCCACUAGGUACUGUGAAAAAGAUGGGCAGUGGUUUCAACAUCCAGAGAACAAGAAGAUUUGGACCGACUAUACACUCUGCACAACCACCCAUAAAAAGAGGCUUGGGAAAUUGAAGAUCCGUGAGAACGAGCACAGAUGUCUCCAGAAAAUAAAACAGGACCCGCCAUUUAACAAAACAGGUCUGUACUGCAGCCGCAACUGGGAUGGCCAGUUGUGCUGGGAUGAUACGCCAGCAGGUACCUACGCAUCUCAGAGCUGCCCCGAUUAUUUUUCUGACCUCAAACCGACUGAAAAGGCAACAAAGUACUGUGGAGAGCACGGGCAGUGGUUUCGCCACCCAGACAAUAACAUGACCUGGACCAACUACACGCUGUGUGUUGGCAACAACAAAGAGAGUUUGAGGGCAGCUGCCCAGUUUUCCAGGGACACUGAGGUGGAGACCACCAGUGAGGCUACUGUUAGCUCUGUGGACAACCAAAAAGAAGAAGAAGAGCGGAAAAAAAUCCUUGACAACCAGUACAAAUGCUUUGAGAAAAUGAAUCGAGAUCAACCUUAUAACAAAUCAGGUCUGUACUGCAGUCGUAACUGGGAUGGCUGGCUGUGCUGGGAAGACACCCCAGCAGGAACUUUCACAUCCCAAAACUGUCCCAAUUAUUUUGACGACUUCGACCCCACAGAGAAGGCAACAAAAUAUUGUGGAGAAGAUGGGCAGUGGUUUCGCCACCCAGACACCAACAGGACUUGGUCCAACUAUACACUCUGUAAUGAAAACACUAAGGCUAAACUAAAGUCGGCGUACAUCCUGUUUUACAUGGCAAUUGUGGGUCAUGCUUUAUCCAUAGCCUCACUGCUCAUCUCUCUGGCUAUCUUCUUCUACUUCAGGAGUCUGAGCUGCCAAAGGAUCACCCUCCAUAAGAACCUCUUCUGCUCCUACGUGCUCAAUUCUGCCCUCACCAUCAUCUACCUUGUCACCGUAGUCAAUAAUCCCAAAGUGGUGGCCAGAAACCCAGUUGGUUGUAAGGUCUUGCACUUCUUCCAUAUGUAUAUGUUGGGCUGCAAUUAUUUCUGGAUGCUCUGUGAAGGCAUCUACCUGCACACGCUCAUUGUGGUGGCUGUGUUUGCAGAGGAGCAGCAUCUGCACUGGUACUACCUCCUGGGCUGGGGCUUUCCUCUCGUGCCUGUGUCCAUCCACGCCGUGGCGAGGAAAAAGUAUUUUGAUGACAACUGUUGGAUGAGUGUGGAGACCCAUCUGCUCUAUGCGGUUCAUGGACCUAUAGUCGCAGCACUGCUCGUGAACCUCUUUUUCCUACUAAAUAUCAUAAGAGUGUUAGUUACCAAGUUGAGAGACACGCACCGGGCAGAGUCCAACAUGUACAUGAAGGCGGUGAGAGCCACCCUGAUCCUGGUGCCCCUGCUGGGAAUACAGUUUGUCAUUUUUCCCUGGAGGCCAGAGAACCGGCUGGCUGGUGAGGUCUACGAGUACGUCAUGCACAUACUCAUGCACUACCAGGGAUUACUGGUGGCAACAAUAUUCUGCUUCUUCAAUGGAGAGGUGCAGGCAGCUCUAAAGAGACAGUGGAUGCAGUAUAAAACCCAGUGGGGUCAGAGACGAAAGGACCACUGCUCCAUGCGCUCCACAUCCUACACCGCCACCUCCAUCACAGAGGUGCCCGCCUUCAUGUACCACCACGACACUAACACUGAACACUUGAACGGACGCCACACAGAGGACUCUGAGCUGGUGGCUCUGAAAUCAGGAGACACAUAUGCCUAAGUCAUGCUGAGGAUGAGGAGCAUAGCAACGUAAACAGCCCAAGAAGAGCAAAAGAGCAACGGAAAUGUACUGUAAGAAAAGAGAAUGAAUCCGGCCUGACCGCCAUAUCUCAGUGAUUAAAUCUCAGAGGCUUCUGCUGGUUUGUUUAGCACAGGAUAAAAAUUACGGGUCUGGAAAUAAAGAGCUCAUCAAGAGCAAGAUGGAUCAGCUACGAGGCGGACACUUUUACAUUUUACUUUAAAUUGCUGCUGCAGCUGGGUUAUUUUAUUUUCAUUUUUUUUUAAACUUCGAUGUGGAAAACGUGGUAUGUAAGCAGAGCUGCUCUUCAACUUCCUGAAGCUGCUAAUCUGUGUGUGCGCUCUGGCAGUGGUGGAGGCUGGUGUGGAGACACUGUGCUGUUUUUUUCUCUUUUCCAUGAUGGUGCUGAAUGUGGCAGAGAGGAUGCUAGCAGUUGGCAUGAUGUUGCAGGUUAAUAACUAGCAGGAUGAUGAGGAUUAUCAUGAUGAAGCAGAAGACCUAAUCAUUCCUAACCUCACCGAUACCAAAGGGUACAGUUUCUCUGUCCAGCUGAGCACAGAAACAUGACGCAAAAGACAUCGAGAAAACUUACAAAUCUGAACUUUUGUGCCAUGCCAGCUCUAAAACGACCUCUGAGCUUGAAGCUUUGGAAAUGUGUAGAUAUAAUGUACGUUUACCAUAUUUCCUAUAAAAGAUUUUUUUUUCUCUUUGUGUUUUCUUCUUGCCCACUGCUUUGUGUACGUCCUGUGAUGAUGCAUUCUCAACAGCUGUUGUUUUGCUGUGUUUUGUGCUAAUGUUGAUGAUCACAGGGCAGAGAGACAAAAAUCCAUACGUAAAACCAGCUAAUAGGAAAAAAGAAGUAACUUUAACACUGAAAAGAGAUGUUUUGAUGAGAUAAUUGAAGCGUGCCAUUAGUCGUACCAGUGAUCCUCACAAAGGUUUUACUCUGUCCUCCUUCAAUUGCUCCUGGUGGCUAAAAUUCAAUGUCAGUUCUUUAAAAACUCCAUCAUCUGUGUGUAUUUAUUAACUCGUUUUUAACCUUUGGUGUGACUGAGCAUCCCGAGCAACAGAAAGGCUGACGAAAGAUGAAAUAUGGAGAUUGCAACCAUUGUUAUCUAGGAAGGAUAUUCACAUUUAUCACAAUCUUGCACAAACAUUAACUAGAAAAUUCAUUCUUUUAUGGUUCUGGAUACAUUCACAUUUGUAUUCCUCUUCUGUCUUUUAUUUUAAAAAAUUUUUCUUUCUUUUAAACCUUAUAGAAAACUACUUAUAAUCCCUGCAAGUUUCUUAAUUUCACAUCCAUUAAUUGACAUUUAAAUGCAGCCAGAGCCAAGCAUUUAUAACUGUAGUCCAUGUAGCCAAUAGUCACUAAAGCCGCUGGCUGCUUACAGCCAUAAUUUGUUUUCACUCCUUAACUGAAAAUUGAUGCUCUGCUUACACAACUGACUGCAAAAGAGUUCCAGUUUGAACUAAAUUAUUCAGAAUAAAAAGAAUUAGCCGUCCAAGUAUGUGACAUUCUGUAUUUCUAUAUUUUAUUUUAAAGAACAUCAGGUCAUGCUGCCUCUGCUGGAUCUGCUUGAUAAAGAUGGAAAUUGUUGCAUACAAGUUGGUUACAGUUGUGUACAAAUUAUACAAACUAUUUGAUGAAAUAACAGAUUAUCUGAACUGUCCUUUAACUUACGUUUAAUGUCCUUAUAAGAACUCAGUUAGCUGUAAGUCAGUCUUUGUUUUUACUUUCAGACUCUUCUCUGUCUACAUGGUGCUACAGUGUUUUUUGCUGUAAAGUCUGUUGAAAGUCUGGUUACAGUUUGUGUGCUGAUUUUUAGGUUAUGUUGUUAACUGGGAUGACUCUUGGAUAUGAAUUUGUGUGAGAAAUGAGCUAUAAAAUGGUUAUAAUAAACAACAUGACAAUGAGCGAUUCUCACAGGUUUGCUAUACUAAGAGUCCUGCUACAGUUUCUGUUUAACAUCUACAGAAAGCAAUUAAUGCCUGAUUUCCAAAAGGUUUUAAGUAAAGAUGAUGAUAUUCUAAGCAAAGUACUUUUUUAUUUAACAACUUUAAAAUAUUUUUGUUUGCGAGAUUUUUACCUGCUUUUCUGGUGAAAGGUAUUUAAAAAAUAAUCUUUCAUCACAGAUUUUCCAGGAUUCCCAGGUUUUCAACUAUGUUUAAAUAAGGAAAAAACCUUCAGCUUGUGGAUUUUGUGGUGUGUUUAGGAUGAUGUCCCUCUGUAGAAGCCAGUCCUCUUUCGAUUGUCAGCUUUUAUACAAAUGAUGAGUUAUUGAAUCCAUGCUCCUCUUCAUCAGAGAAAUGUUCUCAUCCCAGUCACAGCAACACAAAGCAUCAUCGAUCCACCACCAUGCUGAACAACUGAGGUAGAAUUAGACAUCCUGCACUUUUUUCUUCAAGCUUUUAUUUUAUAGCUUUGCUCGCUACAGGCUGAUUAUUUUGUGUUGACUUUAUUUCACAUGGUUUUAUUUCCAAAAUGCUUCAGGCUUGUUUUAAUGUUCUAAUAUUUUGCAGUCUUUUGCUCAGACAGGAUUUUAAUUAGCCUUUCAGACCGUAACUCGACUUCCACCACUUCUGUCAUUUCUUAAUUACAUAACAAACUAAGGCAACUGGUAUCUAAAUGUGCUGACUUGCUUGGUCUGUUCCUGAGGCAGAUAAACCAUGACCCACAUAUAAUAAUGUAGGUCUGGCAAAUGCUCAAAACUCCUUUGUUUGUUUAUUUGUUUUCGUUGUAUCAAACUUCACAAAACAUAAAUUAAUAGACCAGCCUUGUUUAAAUUUGGAAUGAAUGCCUCUUUUGUCAUUUUAUGCCUUUUUGGGGAUCAGAUUAAUAAGGAGACUUUGAAAACGGGGAUUACAUUGAACCACACACAAUAAAUUUUUAUCUAUGGGCUGCUUGUUCACAUAUACAGUCAGUAAAUAAAUAAAACUAUUUACUGACUGCAAUGACCCAGUUUUGCUAUCAAAAAGAAUCAAAUAAUUAAAAUUUAAUAAGUAUUUUUUACUGCAGGUCUCCAUCAUAUAAGUCUGGUAUUUGAACUUGUGCCAUUGAGUUUUAAAAUCUUUUUAAUAUUGUUAUUUUAGUACCAGCCAGGUGUUAAGAAAGAACAGUGAGGGACAAUUUUCAUGACAGAUUAAGCUUUACAGCUAAUGUCUCUCAUAAGAAAAACAGAUGUUUAUUAUCUAUUUUAGUAUGAAUUUUGUUCUCUUCAGCUUAUGAUGAUUUGUUUUGGAUCUGGUACACAAUGUAAGACAUGUUAUUAGUCCUGUGGGUUCUGGAUUCUUUGUAUUUUGUAUGUUCAUACAAAUGUAAAUACGAGCCGGCACUGUGUAUAUAACAGAUUUUUGCACUGUGAAAUACUUUGACUAUUUUUGUUACUUUCUUGUCGUUUAUUUCGGCUUGUGUUUUGUCUCUUUUUCCCUCUCAGCUUGGACUGGCAUCAUCUCAAAAAGCUGAUAAAUAUUGUAUUUUGUCAAAAACCAAA